AUGUCUACCAAUGGCGUCACCGGUUCGAACGUCUCUCAAGUGAUCACCGCGGAGCUUUCAUUCGAUGAUACACGAGAGCGUCCAGCACGGAGGCUAGCAUUUACCUCGUUGACUCGCUCCGACAAGGGUGUUCGCUUUUUCCUCGACCUGUUCAUAGUGUACGUGUCGGUCAUCAUAGACUUCAUGGGUUAUACCCUAUUGGCGCCUCUUCUCUCUACCAUAGUUGACCAACUGGGCAGUGGUGGGUUCUCUGAUGACGCCUUUGCAGCGUCGUGGUUGAUGGCGAUGUACGGCCUUGGUCAGUUUAUCUCUGUGAUGAUAAUGGGCCCCCUCUCGGAUCGAGUGGGCCGGAGGCCGGUAUUCAUCCUAGCCUAUUCGUUGACAUCACUGGUCUACCUUAUACAAGGCUUUUCCAACUCGUAUUGGAUGUUCGCAGUUUUGCGACUGUGUAACGGCUUGACGACUGGGACGAGACCUGUGACCUUCUCAUAUCUAGGGGACAUCGCUCCACCAGAGAAAAUGCCGCUGUAUUCGUCUCUGGCGGGGGCGAUGGUUGCCAUAGGCGCCUUGAUGCCUUUGCUAGGGGGCAGUAUGGGGACCAUCACUUGGCGACUACCAGUCUUCUUCUCUGCUGGUAUCACCUUUAUCAUGGCAUGUUUGGCCUUUAUUUUCCUCAGGGAGUCCCUAAAGAAGGGCAGUACGGUUGUCGAUAGUGGAGGAGUGGCCAAUGGUGGUGUUAGAAUGGGCACCAGUAUAAUGCGUACACCUCUUUUCAUCGUGACUCUAACAUUGAUCGCUCUAACAGGGGCAUGUGUCCAGUAUGGUAACAUCAGUAUCAUCACGACGUUACCUUGGUUGCUGAAUCAGGUCUACGGGACGCCGUUGAAUACGGUAGGCCUUAUCCUAGGUUCUCAAGCUAUACCCACAUCCUUAACUCUAUUUUUGGUAUUCCUGCCACUGUCGAAGCGCGUUCCCAUGUCUAUUCUGGCCAUGAUCGGAAUGCUGGGACAUGCCACUAUGUUCAUACUGCCUUUGCUCGGUAACGUCUAUGGUGUAAUUUUCACGUCGUAUUUGCUCAACUUCGGUAAUUCCAUGGUAUACUCCUCGGUCCCGGUAAUGGCGAAGGUAAUAGCGCCAGCUCCGAGGCGAGGUUUGGUCAAUGGUAUUGUACUCGCCUCUAUGCUGCUGGCUGGGGCGGUCGGCCCGUUGAUCGCAGGAGUGCUCUGGGAUGCGGAUUCAGAACACAUCACGGCAUUCGCGGUAGUCUCUGGUGUAGCUGCUCUUGGUGCUGUGUGCAUGCUAUUUACAUGGCGCCUCAUUCCGUUGUUGAUGACGAGGGUAGCUAGAAGGGCCGAGGAGGACCUCACGGAUGAGCAGAUAGAAAACCUCUAUGAGGAGCUUGCUGAUCUACAGGGUAUGAGAGAGUGCCGUAUGAAGCUGGCGGCUCACAUCAAGCACCGAAAAGGGGUCGCCCAUAGAGAGGACGCAGCUGUUGAGGAAGCGCUGAGGAUCACGAGAGCCCUCAGUUUAUCAGAUCUCAAAAUGGGUACUAGCCCUCAUAGCGACGAAGAUAUUUGGAGACUGGGUUGUGAUGUGAGUGCCAUACUUGACAGGAAUAACUGGAAUCGCUGGCCUCACUAUUAUGAAUGGAUACUGGCCCAGGUUGGUAGUGCCUUUCCGCCGAUAAGAGAGGCCCCUGAACAAGAUAGAUACGAGGACGUCACAUGGGUCAUGCAGAAGCACUUGGAAAUAGUGUCAGAAUGGGAGAAGCGGCAACUCAGCAAAUUCAAAAAAGAUCGAUAG